AUGAGUCGGCUCAUUCGUGGGCUCGACCUCGGCGCGCUCGACAAGGAGAACUCCGCGGCAGCGACGUCCGCAGCGCUGUCGGCAUUCUUCAACGCGGGUAAGCGCAAGCGAAAAUCGAGCAUCCUCCCGGCGAACAGGCUGUUGGAGUCGCCCGCCCUAGCCCCGGCGAACAACUGCGCGAGUCCCGCACGCCCUCGCGCGUAUCCCGCGGCUCCCCCUCCGCCGGGCUCGGCCGGUGCGGAAACGUCGCUGCCGCCGCCACGAGCCGCCUUCCCUGCUGCCGACGAAGCGGAGGCGCUCGAGGUGCCACCUCCCGCUGCGUCACCUGCAGUGCAGCCGGGAGGCGCCGACCAGGAGCUUCCGCAGCCGCAGUCGACGCAACCGCAGUCCCCGCUUUCGCCGCUCCGGUCGCCGCCGGCCGAAGACCCGCCGCCGCCGCCGCCGGACAACGUGCCGCCGGAGUCAGCGACGCCGCUGCCGAUGGAGGACGCAGCACCGCGACUGCCGACCGACGCAGCCCCGCCCCCGCCCUCGCCGGACGAUGCGGAAUCGCCGCCGCCCCUGCCGCUGCCUGAGGCUGCACCGCCGCCGCCCCUGCCGCUGCCUGAGGCAGCGCCGCCGCCGCCGCCGCCGCCGCCGCCGCCAGCGGAUGCAGAACCGUCGCCGCCGGCAGUGGAGGUGGUGGCACCGAAGCCCCGCACCCGCCGGCGCGCCUCGCUCGGCGCGCCGGCCCAGCCGACCCGCAAGUCGCGCCGCGUCUCUGGCCUCCCUCCGGUGCAGGAGGGCCUACGGGCAGCGGGCACUGAGCCAUGCGGCACGGAGCCACGCGACACGGAGCCAUGCGGCCCGGAUGCGGCGGCGGGGGAGGAGGCAGCCCCGCCCUCCGGCCCGCCGGCCAGGCCCUCGCCGCCCUCCGGCCCGCCCCCGCCCUCCGGCCCGCCCCCGCCCUCGCCCGGCCGGCAAGUGGCCGCCCCGCUCGCGAGGAGGGCGUCGCGCCGCAAGUCGUGCCUCCCCCCGCUGGAGAAGUCGCUGGAGAAGUCGUGCCGCCCCUCGCUGGAGAAGUCGGGCACCCCCCCGAUGGAGGGCGCCGUUGCGCUCCCCGCUCCGCCACAGCCGGACGGGUCGAGGGACGGGUCGAGGGGCGGGGGCGGGGACGGGGCGGGAGCCUCCUCUCCCUCCCCGCUGCCGCAGACCGCCUCCGCGCCGAGGCCCGAGCCGAGCCCCUCCUGUCACCCCUCCGGCGCUGGCUCCGCCGGGUCGACGCCAGAGCAUCCUCUCCCGACCUCUCUCGAGCCGACGCAGCUGCUGCCGUCGCCGCCUCGGCAGUCGCCGCCGCCGCUGCCGCAGCAGCCUCCGCAGCCGCAACAGGCGGCGCCGACGCAGCCCCUGCAGCCGCCGCCGCCGCCGCCGCCCGAGGGCGUCUUCCCCGCUCCCGAGGCGCAGGCCGGUCCCAAGCAGGGCGUUGCUCUGAAGCGGCGGCCGAGCCGCGCCGCCUCGCGCCGCCGCUCGAGCUCGGCGCCGCUCGCCGCGAUGGCGGCGCUCCAGACAGACGAGGGGGAGGGGGAGGGAGGGGAGGCGAGCUCCGGCCUGCUGCUGCGCGUGGCUGCGCGCUCUGCCGCCACGCGCGCAGCGCCCGCCUCCGCCCCGCCUCCGCCCGGUCCGCCCGCGCCCGAGGCGGAGGGUGCGGCGGAGGGUGCGAGCGGCGCCUUCUCCCCGACGCAGCGGCUCUCCCACCUCCUCUCUCCGCCGGCGCUGCCGUCCGCCUUCGAGGCGCUCUCGCCGGACGCCUACGAGGAGCGCACGGGCGGCGCGGGAGAGGCUGCACACGCCGUCCCCCGACUCCGCCGAAAGCGAGGCGCCGAGGCCGCCGGCUUGCCGAGCAUGCCCGCCGCCGCCGACAGCGCCGCCGCGCUCGACGACGCUUUGGUCUGCGAGGCCUUUGGCGACGCGCCGGCGGCCGCCUCUGCACCCCUCGCGCCCCUCGCCGGUCUGGGCGCUUAUCUCGACGCGCUCGGCGAACAGCCUCUCGCCGCCGCCGCGCCACCCGAGGCAGACCACCAACCGAUGCCGCCGCCACCGCCGCCUCCGCCGCCGCCACCGCCGCCGCCGCCGCCGCCGCCGCCGCCGCCGCCGCCGGUUCCGACGUUUGCCGCCGCUCCGAGCCGCGCGGCGAGGCCGCUUGGACCGCCUCCGCCAGCCGGCUUCGGGCUGCCGGCCGGCGCUGCGUCUACUGCAUUUUGGUUGCGGGAGGCGGGAGGGGCGCUGUCGGCGCAGGGGCUGCAAGAGAGCUGCACGGCCGCGGCUCUCGAGGCGGAGCGCCCCGGCACCCCUCCGCCGGUUCCGCCGCUGAGCCUCGCCGAGGGGUGCGACGCCGGCGCUCUGUUGCGUCGCGCCAUCGAGCGCUGCGACGCAGGCGCGGGCGGCGCGCCUGCCGACGAGGACGCGGACGGCUCGUGGGCCUCGCUCCGUCCCGUCGCCCUCGCGCUCUCGCACGUGGAGAGCUGGAUGUUCGCGCAGGCGGCCGCCAAGAUGGCGUCGCUGCCGCGCGCCGCCGGCCCGCCGGCAGAGCCGCCCCGCCCCGCCAAGCGGCGGCGCGUCUGCUUUGCACCGCACGACGGCUCCCACCUCGCCCCGUCCCGUUGGGGCGACGCCGACCCGUCCGAGAUAGCCGACUUGGCCGAGGCGGCCGAGAGGAUGCACCGCGUCGUCACGGCGCAGCAGCAGUGGCACGACCGCGUGGCGGCGGCCGGCGAAGCGGCCGGCGAGCAGAGGGCGGUGCGCGCGCUGCGCCUCGAGGUGGCGGCUGCGGCGGACGAGGCGCUGUGCGCGGCGCACCUCUCCGACGAGGCGUCGCGCUGCCGCGCGGCGGGUAGCUUCAUGUGCUCGCAGCUCGAGGGCCUCGCGGACGGCGCGCUGCUCGAGGCGUUGCCGCGCGGGCGCGGGCACGGCUACUUGUGCGAGGAGGCAAACUCGGCCGCGAAGGUGCUCGCGCUCGCUCUGUACGACUACGACGCACACGCACGAAUUGCCACGGCGGCCGAGUCGCGGCUGCGCGCCCACCUGCUUGUGCCAAAGCACCGCCGCAAGUCGUCGGAGAAGUUGCUCUUCCCGCGCGAGGAGAAGGAGGCGCUACUCUCGUUCGCGGAGGCGCGCGGGAGCACGUUCCGCGCCCUCGGCCCGCCCGCCGACCUCGCGCACGCCGCGCUUCUCCACAUCGCCUCGCACGCCGCUACCCUCGAGCUGACGGCCGUGGAGUGGGCGCCGCUGCAGCACCUGCUCGCGCGCGCACGCAGCGCGCGCUGCACGCAGGAGGCGAUGUACCAGCCGCUCGCCGACUUCGACGCGUUCGCGGCCGAGCUGCGCCUCGCCGUGCCGCUCGCGACCGCCAUCCGGCAGGCUCUUAAGUGA